AUGAACGAAGAGGACGAAUUCGGUAUGAGCAAGACGACGCGGGACGCUGACCCGAUGGAGCAGGAAAACAAAAGCGCCGUGAAAGAUCACCCAGACUUUAACUUCCUUGACGCAGAUGAGAUCCGCGCGGCUGUGACGUCGGAAGACAAGCGCUCCGUGCCUCUGUGGAUGACGCGCAUGCCUGUGGAGAAAGAUCCGAGCCAGUGGACGAUCCUAGAGGUACAAAUCCGGCCUGACCGCUCGUGGGAAGUCAUUAAAGAGCUGAUCGCCACUGUCUGCAUCGGCAAAGGUCUCUUGGUCACCGAGGAGCACCCCAACUCGGUGCUCUUCCGCAAAAAAGUAACCCAGGAAUCAAUGGCCCGCGGCAUGGCCAACUCUGCUACAUUCCUCAACGUUUAUGUGCACAAUGGUGUGUCUCCGUCCAAGUUGCGGGUGGUGGACAUCUGCACGUUGGUGUCAGACGAGAACAAGCUACUUGGUGGCAUGGUAUCAACGAGGAAAAAUGCGUUGUGGGCGGCGCAAGACCACAACCAGCCACACAAGUAUACGCUGGAUCAGUUGCUUGGAGCAUUGCAGGUGACACUGCUUAGUCAGUGUCUUUCACUAAGCCAUUUAUACAUGGCCUCUCCUGAAAACUCGAUGGAUUCCGUGGAGAACGCAGAGCUGGAUGAAGGAUACGUUGAAGACUUGAAGAGAGCGUUCAGCAGUGAGAUGAAGGCAAACAUGAGAGAUCUGUGCAUUCCUUUGGAAUCGUACGCGUACGACCAAGAAUUUGCUUGUGCGUUGCUGAUUGGACUUCUUGAGCCGUCCCUUAAGAAAUACGGGAUCAAGCUGACAGAUACACCUACAGAGGCUACAGAGGCUAAAGACGUCAAAGAAGAAGUGAGCGCAGCGACUGUCAGCAUUGAAGGUCAUUCAAUAAACGAGGACGAGCCGGCACUGAAUGAGGAGAAGGUCUCACCUCCUCAUGAGCCAGAAACUCUUAACACUUCUCCUUCACCGAACGAAGCCGCUGCUAGUGAUCCGAGCAAACUUUAUGGCGAAGUGGUUUCAGAGCUGGUGCAAAAUCUUUGGCGGGUAUGCAAGGAGGAUUGUGAGGUAAGACUACGAGCCAAAAUUGACGAGAAACAACAGCAAGUCACUGCACGGGUGGAGGCUGUGCAAAGUUUGCGAACUCGGGCGAUUCGAGCAAUCAUGGAAGCAGAUGGUGCUCAAAUGUCAAGCCUCAACCAGUCACCGGCAGAUGACAGAUCCAACGUGCUUCUAUACGAGGCGCCGUGCAUGGUCAACGGGAUUCCUGUCACAUUGCAUGUGACGUAUGGGUAG